ACUUUUUGUAGUACCCUUACAUGCUGCCAUGAUAGAAGCAGUUUCUGCAUAGUCAUAUUUACAUCGCAUGAUUCCUUGAAAACUUUGCGUAUUUAGUGUUGGUUUUUGUUGAUAUAUUCCUGUUUUAACAUGGCACGUGGAAGCAGUGCUGGAUUUGAUCGGUACAUCACCAUCUUUUCUCCAGAGGGACGCCUGUAUCAAGUUGAAUAUGCUUUCAAGGCUAUUAACCAGGGUGGUUUGACAUCUGUGGCAGUGCGGGGGAAGGAUUCAGCUGUUAUUGUCACACAGAAGAAAGUCCCUGACAAGUUGCUAGAUGCCAGUGUUGUCACUCACCUCUUCCAACUCACAGAAAACAUUGGCUGUGUCAUGACAGGGAUGAUAGCCGACAGUCGCUCACAGGUGCAGAGAGCCCGAUAUGAAGCAGCAAAGUGGAAGUAUACGUACGGCUAUGAGAUUCCCAUAGACAUGCUGUGUAAACGCAUCGCUGACAUCAACCAGGUGUACACACAGAGUGCCGAGAUGAGACCACUUGGAUGCUGCAUGAUAAUGAUCGGCUAUGAUGAUGAGAAGGGCCCUAUAGUGUUGAAGACAGACCCAGCAGGUUACUACAGUGGGUUCAAGGCCACUUCAGCAGGUGUCAAGCAGCUGGAAGCAAACAGCUUCUUGGAAAAGAAGAUCAAGAAGAAGCAGGAUUUUACCUACAAUGAGGCAGCUGAGAUCGCGAUCACAUGCUUAUCAACAGUGUUGUCUGCAGAUUUCAAGGCUUCUGAAGUUGAAGUUGGAAUCGUCACAAAAGAUAAUCCUCAUUUCCGAGUACUGACAGAGCAGCAGAUUGAUACCCAUCUAACAGCCAUUGCAGAGAAGGACUAGACUGGCCUAGGAGUACCAUAUUUCACAAUCUGUCAAUAUAAAUCAUUUGUGUACGAUACAAGUGCUGAAAGAACAGGGCUGUCAAGUUUGAACAUUGGGGCCAGGAACCUGUUCAUUGUUUAUUGGUGAAGUUUAUCCAAUUCAGGCUAAUUUUCUUACAGGAUAAUGAAGACAGUUAGCUCUUCAAAUGUAAUGACAGAGUAAAGAAAGUUAUUGUUCUCAUUAACUAAAUACAAUUAGUCCUUGUCCACAAAAAAAAUAUCUCAUUUUGUCUAUUGGGACUUGCAUCUUCAUUCUGAAUGUGAAUCAUACCAAAAUAAACCGUUAUGUCUGUAA